GACCGCGCGCGCCGCCGUCGCCGCCGCCGCCGCCGGAGGGACCUUCUGCUGAGCCAGCUCUGCUUCCUGGCCUCGGUGGCGCUGCUGCUCUGGUCGCUGUCGAGCCUGCGAGAGCAGAAGGGGCUUGACAUCAUGGACCUCAUUGGAGAAGACAGAAAGUGGAUGGUGGGGAGGAAGCUGAUGCAAGUGAAUGACACUCUGACUUCUGAAGAUGCAGGACUCCGGAGCAGCAAGAACUGCACUGAACCAGCCCUACAUGAAUUCCCCAGGGACAUAUUCACUAACGAAGACAGAAGACAAGGAGCGGUGGUCCUCCACGUGCUCUGUGCAAUGUACAUGUUCUACGCACUGGCCAUUGUGUGUGAUGACUUCUUCGUCCCCUCCCUGGAAAAGAUCUGUGAGCGUCUCCACCUCAGCGAAGAUGUGGCCGGGGCCACAUUCAUGGCAGCGGGUAGCUCAGCCCCAGAGCUGUUCACAUCAGUCAUAGGGGUCUUCAUCACCAAGGGUGACGUUGGAGUCGGCACCAUCGUGGGCUCUGCGGUGUUCAACAUUUUGUGCAUCAUUGGUGUCUGUGGGCUCUUUGCAGGCCAGGUUGUGGCUCUUUCCUCCUGGUGCCUGCUGAGGGAUUCCAUCUACUACACACUGUCUGUGGUGGCCCUCAUUGUGUUCAUUUAUGAUGAAAAAGUUUCCUGGUGGGAGUCUCUCGUGCUCGUGCUGAUGUACCUCAUCUACAUUGUCAUCAUGAAAUACAACGCGUGCAUACAUCAGUGCUUCGAGAGGAGAGCAAAAGGUGCUGGGAACAUGGUCAAUGGGUUGGCCAACAAUGCUGAAAUUGAUGACAGCAGCAACUGCGACGCAACUGUGGUGCUACUUAAGAAAGCCAAUUUCCACCGCAAAGCGUCGGUCAUCAUGGUGGACGAGCUGCUGUCAGCCUACCCACACCAGCUUUCUUUCUCGGAGGCUGGCCUUCGGAUCAUGAUCACAAGCCACUUUCCCCCCAAGACCCGGCUCUCCAUGGCCAGUCGCAUGCUGAUCAAUGAGAGACAAAGACUGAUAAACAGCAGGGCUUAUGCCAAUGGGGAAUCUGAAGUGGCCAUCAAAAUCCCAAUUAAGCACACCGUGGAGAAUGGCACAGGGCCCAGCAAUGCCCCAGACAGGGGCGUGAAUGGGACACGGAGGGACGAUGUGGUGGCCGAGGCUGGCGAUGAGACAGAGAAUGAGAAUGAGGACAAUGAGAACAACGAGAACGAUGAGGAAGAAGAGGAGGAUGAAGAUGACGAUGAAGGGCCGUACACACCAUUCGAUCCCCCCUCUGGCAAACUGGAAGUAAUGAAAUGGGCAUUCACCUGGCCGCUGAGUUUUGUCUUAUACUUCACUGUCCCCAACUGCAACAAACCGCGCUGGGAGAAGUGGUUUAUGGUGACAUUUGCUUCCUCCACACUGUGGAUCGCAGCCUUCUCCUACAUGAUGGUGUGGAUGGUCACCAUCAUUGGUUACACCCUGGGAAUCCCUGAUGUCAUCAUGGGGAUCACCUUCCUUGCUGCAGGAACCAGCGUGCCCGAUUGCAUGGCCAGUCUCAUUGUGGCCAGACAAGGGAUGGGGGACAUGGCUGUAUCCAACUCCAUUGGGAGCAACGUGUUUGAUAUCCUGAUCGGCCUUGGUCUCCCCUGGGCUCUGCAGACUCUGGCUGUGGAUUACGGAUCCUAUAUACGGCUGAACAGCAGGGGGCUGAUCUACUCCGUGGGCUUGCUCCUGGCCUCUGUCUUUGUCACGGUGUUUGGGGUUCACCUGAAUAAAUGGCAGCUGGACAAGAAACUGGGGUGCGGGUGCCUGUUCCUGUAUGGCGUGUUCCUGUGCUUCUCCAUCAUGACGGAGUUCAACGUGUUCACUUUUGUGAACUUGCCCAUGUGUGGGGACCACUGAUCCGCCAGGCCACCUGCCAAGGCCUAGAUCCUUCUUCUCUGUGCAAUACGAGACCCUGCCGCACCGCACCCCGAGUCAUGCGGACCCCCUAGGGCUGCGGCGUCAGUCUCUCCCGUGAUCUCCACAGGCCUCUGUUCCUGUUCUGGAGGCGCAGGCUCUCCUUUGCCACCUCCCACGUUCCCCCACAUCCUUGGUCCUACCUCCCAUCACACCCCUCUCACCUGCCCGCCCACCCCUGCCCGCCUUCUCCAUGUGAAGACGUCCAACAUCCGCGUGAAUUUUCAAGCUCCAUUUUUGAACAGUGACUGAGGUUCUAGAACAAAACUGGCUGCUAACUGGCCCGAGCCAGGCACAACUUACUACAAUCCCUUCUCCUUUUUUUAAGUUAUUUCAUGGAAGAUACCCUAAUUUAUGUAUGACUUAAGACUAUGGAGGAAGUAGAGGAGAGGGUCCACUGAUGGCAGGGAGUGUUUGGGAUUAUUUUGUUUGGAGGUGAUUCCUAGGUUGCUGGGCUUGGAGCGGGCAUUGUGUGAUUUUGAGGGGACUUCCCAUUUUAUUACUUUUCGUCCAGAGAUGGAGAAAUCUCCUUGCGUCUUCUUUCACUGGGCUCUGGCUUAGUAGAUCAUCCACCGACUGUAUUGCCACGUCUCCUGGGAUGAGCCCCAGGCAUGUUGGAGCAUGCGUGGAUUUAGCAAUUUAGUGAGGGGAAAACACUGGGUGAGGCCACUGAAAACAAAUGCAUGAGAUUUUCUGCCCAAGGACAUCUUGCUUAUGUCCUGUGGUUGUCACCUGGGUGGGGGGGCGCAAGGUGUUAGAGGAAGAAACUUGCUUCGCACAUGCUCACUACAACCAUCUCUUUCUCACUAAGUUCUUUCUAGUUUUUCAAGCAAUAGUUUUAGCCUGCCUGAGGCCUUUGACAAGAAGGCCCUGGCUAACUGUCCAUCCGCAAGGCACCAGGCAGUCAAUGACAGAAGCUUCCCCAGCGUGAGUCCUUGAGAUGUGCUCUUGUUGCUUGGCAUUUGGGGCGACAGGGAGUGUCCCAGAGGCCACCACUGCUCUCUGGGGCAGAAGUUACAGACACUGGUUUCUUGGAAAAUGGAGAGAUGCACAUUUUGCACAGUUGUCAAUUAAGUCCCAAUUUGCCACUUGGUAUCGAGUACACUGGACCCUGAUGGCUGGCUCUUGGGCAAAUGUCCUUCCUCACAGGAUGGCACCACCAAGCUGGCCAGCUUCACCGCUCUCCUCCUUGGAGGGAUGGCCGAGGAGGAAGAAAGCAGAGAACUGAUGACGCCUUGGAAACCACGGAAUGUGUUAACCGCAGACUCCCGCUCAAGAGCCUAAGUUAUUAUGAACAUUUCGCCAACCACUGCUCCACAGCCCUGCUAGAUUUUGUAUGAUGCUGAAUUAUUAUGCAGACUAAUUCCACCAGUUGAGACAUACCCAUGCUUGUUACACUCGUAUUUAUUGAAAACUGUGGAUUCUUGCCCGCCCGUGCUGGCCCUCGUAUUUACUUUAAGCACUGAUCACUUAUCAUUCAUUCAAUACGGUUUUCCUAGUCCCUUGUAUACAUUCUGGUAUGAAUUGUUUAAAAAAAAAACCUGCUACAAAUUUGGUUGAGUGUUUCUGUCUGGGGUACAAACCGAAGGGUGCGUCAGCCCAGGGCAUACCUGCCCAACCAAGGAGCAGGAGAGGAAAUCACCAGUUUGGGCUCUCAGAGCUAAGACACGCUUAGUGAUUCUGUUGCACAUUUUGCACUGGUUUAUGGCGAUUGUUUUCUUGGACGGAUGGUGUAAAAUAAACUUCUCUGUUCUAUA